AUGAUCGUGCAGUUUCUGUUGGUAGUUGUAGUAUUUGCAGUUUGGAGGAAGUCAAAAAGGUAAUAAAAUCCCUUUGCUUUAUAAUCGAUUGUGUAGGAAAGCCAAGUCUGUGGCCUUCUUCCAUCCUAACUGUGCUGAUGGUGGAGGUGGAGAAGCUGUUUUGUGGACGGCAAUCGAUGAAUGCACUAAAAGAAGACCCGACUUGACAGUUUACAUCUACUCAUCUGUUGCUCAAACGUCAGAAUUACAGACAAAGAUUGAAAGGAGAUUUCAGUUCAACCUGCCAUGGGAGAUUAUUCAUUUUGUGCCGCUGAGGUAAUAUUUUUUUUUGUUUUGGGUAUUAAUUCAAUUAUUUUUAAUAGUUAAUUGACUUAAACUAUCUGUUUUUGUGUUUUCAGAACUCACAAACUACUACAUCCUUCAAGGUAUCCUUAUUUGACGUUGCUGUGUCAAUUUUUGGCCGGAUUUGUUGUUGGAGUUGAUGCUUUGUUGUUGUUGACACCUGAAGUGUUUAUUGAGACGACUGGAGUGCCAGGAUCGAUUUCUGUGUUUCGCUUACUUGGUGGAUGUUCUACAGUAGCUUACGUACAUUAUCCUAUUAUUACGAAAGGUGUGUUUCUUUAAAUAUAUAUUUUGUAUUUUAGGUAUGUAUAACGUGCUUAUCGUGAAAAGUUUCAGAUAUGAUAAAGAGAGUGUCGUCAAGACGGGAGAUGUACAACAAUUCGAGUUUUAUCACUAAGUCUAUUGUCUUAACCAAUCUGAAGUUGUGUUACUACUAUGUGUUCAGCUUUCUGUACUACUUGUGUGGAGCUUGUACUACGAAAGUUAUGGCUAAUGGAACGUAAGUUUAGACAAGCUUGAAAAGUGUUUUGACAAAUUAUUAUUUGUAUUAAAGAUUACAAUAAAAUUUAUAAAAGUUAAUUUUGUGUUUUGUAGAUGGACUAAAGAACACUUGGAAACUUUGUGGCCGGGCAGUGUGUCUAUCUGUUACCCGCCUGUGAAGAUCGAAGAUUUUACAAAAAACGGAAAUAAGGGCGAAAAGGAGCUGAAUGAGAAGAAGGUUUCGAUCGUGUCAUUGGGACAGAUCAGGCCAGAGAAGAACCAUGGAGAUCAGCUGAAGACAUUAGAGUUGUUAAAGAAGGAACUUCCUUACCACAAAGUUUGUCUCAAAAUAAUUGGAGCUGUCAGGGAUGAAAAUGAUCAGAGGUUGGCCGAUAAUCUACGACAAGUCGCUACAGGUCUAGAGCUGGAAGAAGGAAAAGACUUUGAGCUUGUUCACAAUGCUAACUUUAAUGACAUUUUGGAUAUUUUACAGGUGAUUAUGUCAUUAUGAUCUGAUGUUUACAUUCGGUCAUAUCGUUAAAUUGUAAAUCUGCAUAAAAUUGGAAUGUAUUUGAAGUUACCGCAUGAAAAGUAAACUAUUUCGUUUUUAGAACUCUGUAUGCGGUAUUCACACGAUGGUCGACGAACAUUUUGGGAUUGCGGUAGUGGAAAUGAUGGCAGCUGGGGUUUUGGUUGUAGCUCACAAAUCGGGUAUGUCAAUUUGAGUUUAUUGGCUGUAUUUAUUUUGUGUAUCUAGGCAAUUUUAGGUAAUAGUUAUUCUAGAAUCUGAAGUUUAUUGUUUGCAUAUUUCAAAUUACUGUAACUUUUCAGCUGGCCCUCUGAAAGACAUAAUUGGAGCCUCGCAACAGACAGUCGGCUUUCUGGCGGAAAAUGUGGAGGGUAAGAAGUGAUGUUAACACGGAAUUUACUAAUAAGUGGUUUUAGAUUACGUAAAUAAUAUCAGAACCAUAAUCGAAAGUGACAGAAGCGAGAGAGAGAAGAUUCGGGCGGAUGCUUUGAGAUGGACGACGGAACAGUUUGACGAAUCUAUAUUCCGAACUCAGUUUAUGUCCAAUAUUGGCUAA